AUGGACUCUUAUGAGAGACAUUUUUGUUUUUAUUUUUCCGUAGUUCCAAGUGAAAGUCCUAUGGCAAAGGAACUUGAAAUGAAGAGCAUUCACGCUGCGACCGUUAUGUUUGAAGCUGAGUACAAGGAAUGCGUUCGUGUGUUGCCAUAUACAAAGGAUGGUCAGAUGCUGGUUCAUUUUUAUGUCUAUAAUGAGGAGUAUAAAAUACCAAAAGAUUUAAUAGAAGAAGCCCAGAAGUACUUUAAUAGCAUGAAUGUGGAGCUGGAAUGGUCAGAUCUUUAUAACAACAGUGUCAACGUCCUGAAGGUUCAACACCUCGAGUAUUCAUUAAGCAAACCCAAAGCACUGACUGCGUCUCAGGUUGAGGAAAUGAAUAACGUGAUUGAAAGGAACCUUCCUGUAAUCCUUAAGCAUCGCAAUGUUACCUCUGUGCAGGCGUCUUUCAAAAUCACAAAUUCUAAACAAACGGAUGAGCCCUGUAUUACGAUUUAUGUUCUCGGAAAAGGCUUUAUUCCAUUUGGCGAGUCUAUGUUUCCAACUGCCUUUGAGGGUUAUCCCGUGGAUGUUAUGAAUGGAUUCUGGAUGAGAGCAGGGCGAUAUGUUAGAUGCCCAGAUGCGGCGCAAGAGCAAAGCGAUGUACUUUGUUUCGGAGCGAGCAUUGGUGUACAGGGAAAGGAAAUACAGGGUACACUAGGUGCCAUUGUGAAAAACGGUAGCACCUUUUAUGCACUCUCCUGUGAUCAUGUAAUGAACUCGGAGGAGUCAAGGCGUAUUGUUCAUCCUGGACUCCUUGACCAUCUAAACUGUCUGAAAUAUUACUUAGGACAGUAUAAAUGUGCGGUAAAUGAUAUAACUGGCGUGGAAACCCAGUGGUCUGUUGAAACCCUUACAUCGAAUGAGGAACUGUUAAGUAAAUUUGAAGAGCUAAAGUCCAUAAAAGAAAAUCACCGCGGAGGUUACGCCAACAGGUACAACAGGAAGAUAAUUGAAAAGACUGAGAGAAUUUUUGAAGGAAGUGUGGAGCCAAGGGUGAUUGGAGAGUACAUAGAUGGUGUGAGUGGCAAUGUAAAAUGGACUGAUGGCAAGGAAUAUUAUGUCGAUGCUGCCAUUGCAGUGCUGUUUAAAGAGGAACUAGAAAGUUUAAAAGCAAGUCAGUGGGCUAGAAUGUUUGGAACACACAUCAAGCCGGGCAGUGAAUGCAGUUCCGCAAACCAUCAAGCCUUAUUAAGCGCCCAUAAACUUUGUAAGAGUGGGCGAACAACGGGAUAUACCGAGAUAAACAGCGAACUCUUUGGAUCUAUCGAGGCGCCGUUUUAUCUGAAACCUCCAUUGUGUGAGCUACAAACUCCAUUCCUCGCUUGUUUAUUGAGAAAAUACUCUUGCAAAAAUUGUGGAGGAAGUCAAGACGAUCUUGUUGUUGAAGAACCGCGUCCCUGUAAAGAGUGCGAUCAGAUCGAAGCCAGGUUGUGUGAGAAGCUUUGGUUUAAAAGGUAAUACCGAUAAUGACGAUGAUGAUGAUAGUAAUAAUAAUAUUAAUAAUAUUGUUUUAUUAUUCAGUCGAAAAAAUUUUUAGUUUACCUCCAUUGAUGUUGAGUUCAUCUUCAAUUGCCUGUUUAUCGACAAGUUAGGAGAUAAAGGGUUGUUCAGUUCUGCAAAUAUUCUCCAAAUAGCGGAUGUCGUCCGUUAAGUUGUCUUCUUGCUGUUCUUGUUAUGCUAUUAUGUAGCGAAUAGUUCGCCUAUUUCUUGCUUGUGAAACGAGUAAAGCUAAAACAACUCAACCCUUUCUUCAGGUCUUCUCGAUUAAUUAGUCUCGCUUGCGCAAACAGCGACACUCAUAAUCUGCAAGCCGUUUUUUUUCUUGGUAUUUAGUACACAAAACGACGGUUGUGGUCCCAGGCGUUCCUCUAGCGGAGAACGUGGAAACUGGGAAUAAGAAUCGUUGCGUGACCGAAGCCACGCAUGUUUUGCGAAGAAAGCUUAGGCUUAGAUCUUUUUCGGAACGGGUUUGUCUACGAAUUCUAUCGCUUGAAAGCGUUGAUUACUUUGGAACAAGUGAACACUUGGGUGGUCGGAAAAAAAAAAAGAAUCUUUAUUAGCAAAAGACUAACUGGUCGGGUGUUGUAAACUUUCAUUGCAUACAAAUGAGUGUGAUGAGCAUGCGGUUUAAUUUGGGCGAUGAUUGAAAUGACGUGCCAUGUAAAUCACUUUUUUGAUGUCAGGCAAUGAUGCAAUUUCUCCGGAAUCGAGGCCCUUGAAUUUUCGUGUGUUUAUACACGCUUAUAGCAUGCGACUGCAGACGUAUUCCCGGUCGUCGCUAACACAAGUAAUAAAUCAAUUCAGAAACAAAUAAAAAGUAAAUAUCCAGAAGAAGGGAGUGAAACACCUUUAGUGAGUAAAUCCUGUUUCGUGUAGAAUUAAUCGCCCCCUCAUUUCUCGAUCUAAUGUCCAAGCAAGCGAGAGUGACCGCCGCUGUUAGAGCGUUCUUGUUAUUCAGUUAUCUGGCAAUUAUGGCGCACAAUUGACGUCAUUUUUUACAUAUCGCAAAAUUCUUCCAAAUGUGGUUAACAGUAGCUGGUUAUGAUCAAUUAUGCGUGGGAUUUAGCCAAUCAGAGACGGAGACGGAGACCGCUCAGAUUGUUCAUUCCACUGCGAAGAUCAUGUUCACUUGUUCUUUCGUUAAAAAUUUAUAUUGUAUAGUUUUCAUUGAGUGAUGAUCAACUGCGCAUUAACUAUGAGAUUCGUACAAUAGAUAACACCCGUACGAAACGUGCGUCCCUCGUGCAGCGCUGCAUCAGCGACUUAUAAUCGUUGCAUAAGGCUGCAUGAAAACUGCACUGCAAGGGCUGCCGGAGUUUCGCAAAAUUACUGCGUGAAAGACGUGUGAACGCUGUCGGAGUAAUGACAGAUGACUGUGUGAAUUAUGCAUAAGCUGCGAUUACGUACUGAUUACGCAACGAAAGAAAAUAUUGGCUGUAAAAAUUAAUUGCGGCUUGAGAAAUCGGACUCGAUUUGAGACCAUAGGAGAAGUUGUUACGGUUUUACAGUGAUGUUAUUUUAAAACUAGACUAGCUAGCGAGUAACAGAUUACAACAAGGCAAGUACAACACACAGAUCACACGUCGCAAAUGAAGGCCACUGCUCUAUUAAGAAAUAACUGAGAUAAGCAGUUUCCUCUUAAGCUAAAACUAUAUUUAGGAAGCUGAUUAGGGUUAGGAGACACUUCUAGUGUUGUUUAUUUACCUUAGCACAGUGACCUGUACUCUCACCUGCACUUGUGACCUGUGACCUGUGAUUCGAGUUUGUGUACCUCGCUGCCGGAUUAUAACAGCACAAUACUUAGCGAAUACAAACUACAAAUUUUCUUUUUACUCUACAUUUUCUAAAGAUGCUUAAGCAUCCGACAACAAGGAGCAACGCCAUUCGCUAACGUUGAAGAUUCUGGAUCGGUGAUCUUCGAAAAGACAGAAGAAAACCACCACUUUGGACUUGGCCUUGUUUUUGGUAUACUAGAGAAUCAAUAUCAUCGCUAUACUAUGGCAGCACCUUUACAAAUUGUUCUAGAAGCUUUGAACGACAAACUCCCAGAUGGCAGCCGUUUGGGACUAGUUUCAAAUUACACUGAGUGAGGCUCUAUUUUGAGUGCCAUGCGUUCAGUGAUUGUUAGUCUAAUUCAAAGGACAGAGGAAAAUGGAAAUAAGUUCAAGAGAGCAAGAUCUAAGAUGAUCUAACACAUGUGGAGCCAUUUAGGGACCAUUCAUUGCUUAUCAGGUAAGGGGCGCUGUUGGGAUUUAAGGGGGAUCAUGCCCAAAAAAGGCUUUUUGACGGUAUCUGUAAUCUUGCAAAAAGUCUACCAAAAUGCCAAAAACCAGCGUUUCUGACGUUCACAAACAAAUUCAGAUUUCCCCUGGGUUCCUCCUACUUAAUUGCGUACCAAAAAUCAAUUUUACAUUUUAUGUACUCAACGAAAUGCAAAAAACUUUCCAAAUCGACAAUCUGCUCUUUCUCUCCCUCUCUGUCUUUUUUUGGAGGGGGGAAGGGCUCAUCUCAAAUAUUAUAGGCUACAAAGGGGGUGGGAGCACCCGACAAAAUUCCUGAUGAAGAGAGAGUCAUCAUAGAGAGCCACCCAUGAAAUACCACCAGCCCCCUCUUCCCCAUAAAAAAUGAACGGUCCCUUAGAACUUGUGGCUGUUGCUUGUAUUACGUUACUAAAAAUUUACUAAGAGUUGUGGUGUUAACCUAUGGAGGGAAUUUGUUUGUGGAGGGUCAAGAAAAGGGCUAAAAUUUCCUUUGCAAAAGGUUGUGGUGAUCGAACUUGAUACAUAAUAGUUUUUUGUCUGUAAAUAAAAUCCUUGGAGCUCGAUAGGAUAGGGAUAGUCUUUUCCUUAAGUUAAGUACCGUAUUUAUUCGAAUAAGCGCACAACCUCGAAUUAGCGCCUACCUCGAAUAAGCGCCCAUCCUAAAGGCAGUAAUAGUUAUUUAGCCCCAGCCUCGAAUAAGCGCCCACCCCCUCCCACUCAAACUCAAAUCAGCAACCACCCCACCCCACCCCCCUUGCCCGUCCCACCCAAAAAAUAAUUGAGUGCACGAGAGUAGUAUGGGUUAUUAUUUAUUCACUGGUUUACAAUUUCUAGAUUCCACAAGUUUCAACUCCAAUUUCCAUAUGGGAGCAAAGUUCUUUCAGCUGCAAUAUCUCUCGCUCGACGUUACGAUGUCGGACAUCGAGGAGGCAGCACCAGAGAAUAGACCAUUUUACAGUUGUGGACUGAGUACCCUAGCCUUCGAGUGAAUGUGAGGCUGACGGUGACCUGGUUUUGAUGCAAACCCCCUUUCCUUUUUUACGGAAAGUGUCCUUAAAAAAUACUAGUUAGCAUAGGAAUAACUCCAUUUACAUAACAAAGUAGAUUCCAUAAGUAACUGUAAAAUGACCUCUUCACUUGACAUUGAAAUUGAAAUUGAAUAAGUACCAAUAAGAGAAUUCCCCGAAGACGCAGUUUUCUUCAGAGUAUUUUAGAGAAACCUUGCUUUGUUAAAUAUUUGCGUUUUGUUAUUUCUAUUUAUUGUUUUGUUGCAAAGUAAACGUACUACACUUGCUGAAAAUGGUAACAAUUUAUUAAGCGCCCACCUCGAGUAAGCGCCUAGGGCGGUUAAUCGAAUAAAUACGGUGUAUAUAUGCGGAUCACUUUAUUAUGACUUUAAGUAUUUAUUGGUUUUUAAAUGCUGUUGCUUUUAUUAUAAGAAAAUGAAUUGCGUGACGAGAUAAAAACCACAAGACCUGUCACGGCCCUUUUUUGGGGGGGUUUAAGGUAUUUGAGACCUGAAAUGAUUGGAACAAUUUGUUACUCCACUACUUCCCGGGCUGUGGGGAAGCCAUGAUUUGAGCAACGCUUGCAGGACGAGAUUCUGGUUCCUUUUAGGUUAUUUGGAGCCGAGGGAGGAGUUCAGUAAUUCCUAGGUUAGCCUGUUCACAGACCCUCUAUUUUUUUCUUCAGAGAUCGUCUCGCGCGAAUGGAAAUAAUUUAAUUGGCAGUAUUGCGAAUGCCGAGGUGCUGUUAAACGACAAGGCGUUGACAUAGGGGAGGGACUUAAUAAACCUCUUGUUUUCGCAAGGAUGUCUACAGACGUUCGUUUCUUUAUUUUUUCUCGCGUUUCGCGCUCGAACUCGCGCUUCGCGAGUGCUGCCGAACUGUUGAAAAAAGAACAAAAAAAAAUAAACGAAAAGAAAAAUGUCUGUGGACAGGCUAUUCAGGUUUAAGAUGUAAAGAUCCAUUUACCUCGCCGUGUGCAAUUUUCGUUGUCAACACCGCAUUAGCGCAAGUGGUCGGUCAAAUAAACACCAUGCAUUCAGGAAGAUUCAUGGGCUUGCGCUGGUAUAGGGGAGGUAGUGAUCGUUUAGGAGAAAAGAGCUAUUUAAAGUCUUGUGUAUGUCUUUUUAAAAACUGGAAGAGUUUUGUUGGUGUGUUCCAACUCAGAGGUCAAAAUUGGUCAUGAUGAUGGUGAUGAUGAUGAUGCUGAUGACGAUGAUGAUGUUGAUGGUGGUGAUAAUGAUAAUGACGCUGAGGAUGGUGCUUAUGAGGAUGAUGAUGAUGAGGGGAUGUCGAUCACGAUGACGAUAGUAAAGAUGAUGAUGAUGAUGAUGAUGAGUUUUGUUGCUGGAGUCCGACCCAGAUGUCAAAAUAGAUGACGAAGACGACGUGACGAUGACGAGGAUGACGAUGUUGAUGCUGAUAAUGAUGACAAUGAUGAUGAUGAUGAUGAUGAUGACGAUAACGAUGACGAUGAUGAUGCUGAUGCUGAUAAUGAUGACGAUGAUGACAAUGAUGAUGACGGUAAUGACGCUAGUGAUGAUGCUUAUGAGGAUGAUGAUGAUGAUAAUGAUUAG